UGGAGUUUAAAGUAUGUCAUCAUGGCAAAGUUUCGGAGAAGGACUUGCAUCAUUUUGUCACUUUUCAUUCUAUUUAUUUUCUCACUGAUGAUGGGUUUAAAAACUCUGAGACCAAAAAUGGCUACUUUUGGAGAUCCUUUUGGACUUGACCUUCUUCCAGAGUUUCGACAGCAAACUGUUCACUUGGAGAAAAACUUUGAUUCUAAAAAGAGUGACAAAAUCAACAGUGGAACAAAUACAAAUAAUUUAAAAAGUGUGGAAAUCACUAUGAAACCUUCCAAACCCUCUGAAUUUAACUUGGAAGAGCUGCCACCCCUGAAUUAUUAUUUACAUGUAUUUUAUUACAGUUGGUAUGGAAAUCCACAAUUUGAUGGUAAAUAUAUACAUUGGAACCAUCCAGUCUUGGAGCAUUGGGAUCCUCGAAUAGCCAAGAAUUAUCCACAAGGCAGACACAAUCCCCCAGAUGAUAUUGGUUCCAGCUUUUACCCUGAAUUGGGAAGUUACAGCUCUCGGGAUCCUUCUGUCAUAGAAACCCACAUGAGACAAAUGUGCUCAGCUUCAAUUGGUGUACUAGCCCUGUCUUGGUACCCACCUGAUUCAAAUGAUGAGAAUGGAGAACCUACUGAUGACUUGGUACCCACUAUUUUGGAUAAAGCUCAUAAAUAUAAUUUGAAGGUCACAUUUCAUAUAGAGCCAUAUAGCAAUCGAGAUGAUCAAAACAUGUACAAAAAUGUCAAAUACAUUAUAGACAAAUAUGGAAAUCAUCCAGCCUUUUACAGGUACAAGACUAAGACCGGCAAUGCUCUUCCUAUGUUUUAUGUCUAUGAUUCCUAUAUCAUUAAGCCUGAAAAAUGGGCCAAUCUGUUAACCACCUCGGGGUCUCAGAGUGUUCGCAAUUCUCCUUAUGAUGGAUUGUUUAUUGCACUUCUAGUAGAAGAAAAACAUAAAUUUGAAAUUCUUCACAGUGGUUUUGAUGGAAUUUAUACAUAUUUUGCCACAAAUGGUUUUACUUAUGGCUCAUCACAUCAGAACUGGGCUAACCUAAAAGCCUUUUGUGAUAACUACAAUUUACUGUUUAUCCCAAGUGUGGGCCCAGGAUACAUCGACACCAGCAUCCGUCCCUGGAACACUCAAAACACUCGGAACCGUGUCAAUGGGAAGUAUUAUGAAGCUGCUCUGAGUGCCGCCCUGCAGACUCACCCCAGUUUAAUUUCUGUCACUUCUUUUAAUGAGUGGCAUGAAGGAACUCAGAUUGAAAGAGCUGUUCCCAAAAGAACUAGUAACACUGUAUACCUAGAUUACCGACCUCAUAAACCAGGUCUUUAUCUAGAACUAACUCGCAAGUGGUCUGAAAAAUAUAGUAAGGAAAGAACAACUUACACAUUAGAUCACCAGCCACCUGUUUCUUAAUGCAUUGAACAAAGUAUAAUCAUUAUUGAAAUCACCUAAUUUCAAUAAAUGGCUUUUGUUUUGCGUUAUAGAAAGAAAAUUCAAUCAGUAUGCACUCUUACUGUAAUCUUUAAUAAAAAUAAUUUGUACUUUUUAUAGAAAAUAGUAACAUUGUCAUUGCCACUUUUCACAAUGCUGCACUGAGAAAAAUAUCUGAGAGAAGAGUUGUGCAAACAACAUUCCCUGUGGCAUGGUUUGCUGCAUUUCUGACUG